AUGGAGCGGGAAGUCACGGCGGAAACGGCGGGGGCCGCGGAAGCCGGUACAGUGGAGAGACCCCAGUGGCUUCUCCGUCUCAACGUCGUCAUCCGCCAGGUGGCCCGCAUCGCCAUGAAGGACCCAGAGACGGAGCUGAAGCUGGCAACGCUAGCUACGAUGCGGAGUAUCUCGCAGCAAUGCGGCCCGGACGCAGAGCACCUCAUUGUUCCAGGUCAUGCUGAGCUCCACGUGGCCUCGUGGGACUUCGAGUCUGCGUUUGAUCGCGUCGACUCCGUGCUCACGACCGACAUAUUCGAGCACCUUGGGGUGCCUCUGCACGUUUUACGUGCUAUCCGAAUCUUUUGGACAGACCAGUACAAAGACAUAGAGGUUGGCACGUUCGUCGACCCACAAUUCGUCCAUGUAUCCAGGAGCCUUGCCAAGGGGGACCCUUUGAGCAUGCUCGCCAUGGCUGUGAUGUUAGCACUGCCGCAUCAUCGUGCACAGAGGCAUGCGCCGUCGGCCACGAGCGCGCUCUACGCAGACGACCGGACCACCAUCACCAGAGAUGUUCGUACCAUGCAGGUUGUUCAGCAGGUGUGGCAAGUUUUCGAGUCUUCGACAGCUAUGUGCACACACCCCAAAAAGACACAGACCAUCGACUUGUUCCAAGGUGCCCGCAAGCUCCCCUCCGAGGAGAUGAAGGCGCUCGGGAUCAAGAUGGCCCUCCACGGCAAGCCCAGCACUGAGGACGAGGCCCCUGCGGUCCGGAUCCUUCAGCAGCGAUGCCGGCGCAUUCGUUCACUACCAUUCCCGUGGUGGCAGAAGAGAAGAUUGAUGCCCUGUCCUUACGCCCGGCUGCCCCGGGUAGCUGCGCGGUCGCCCCCGGGCAAGAUCAAAAUCCAGAAGUGGCAGUCCUACAUCGACCACGCCGGAGCAGUUGCAAUCGACUACCUUGCCAAGGUCGCGGAGGCGCCUGUCCCGACAGCAGUGCGUCGUCUCACGCGCCACCGUGGCCCCACCGCCAUGCUCAACGACAUGAUGAACCAGUUGUCUCUCAGCCUCUGCGAGCACAACUAUCAAAAGGGCUGGCACGGCUGGCUGGGAGACGAUCCAAUCAGUAUUUGUCCAACAUUCUCAACCAAGGUGGCGCAGCAUCUGGUGCGGCUUGCACUGCGGCGUUCGUGGUGGGACGCAUUCAAGGGCAUGCAGCGCCAGGACUCGCUGCUGGCCGCGUCCGCGCGGGUCAGCUUCGUCCCGCAGGCCCUGGCACUGCUUCACGAUGUAAUCAAGAGCGAUCUUGGGAGCCAUGCGAUCGCUGUUCUCACGGGUGCUGUUUGGAGAACUGCCAAGUAUGACAAGAUCCUCAACGGGUCGUUGAUUGACAGCCACGGCAUCUCCAAGAACAUGGCUUUCAUCCAGACCGACGCGUCUACACCACAGCCAGGGGAGGACCAAUCGGCAUGGAAGAGCAUUCCCAUCAAGGACAAGGCAAACAAGCCGGGCCUGAAGUCUUUGAAGAUCGACUCCGUGGGGGACGGCGUUGUCUUCAGCAGCCCGGUGGUUACAGGCCCCACUGUCCCUCCAGUGGCCCGGAUGCAGUCCCUCCGGGUUACAUUCAAGCGAUGUUACAUGUCAGCUGACGGCUGGCAGAAGGCCAGAGCACGUACGGAGGCCGGCGCCACCGAGGGCAUCGACAAGACGUGGAUCAACCGCGUCGACAAAUUCACCAACACUCAAGACAAGCACGGGAAUAUCGACUUCAUCACUGGCUAUAUCAUCGUUGAGGCGGCCAAGGUGGAGGAUAUCAUGUCCAAGCAGAGCGGCAAGGAUGGGCGCUUCUUCCAGGUGCUCGCCAAAGACCGCGCUGGUUCCACAUCUGACUCCGACCGUGUCGAUUUCGUGCCGCGCGAAGCAGAUCAGGACCCUGAGGCGUAUUACCGCCGUGUGUGGGCGCAGGCACAACAGGUCGGCAAAGGACUCUGCCUGCGGACCUCUGGCGGGUCGUCUGACCUAGGCGUCCGCGGCCGCCAACCGACGAAGACAACCGUCCCCCGUUGGCGCCUCACCCGUGUUCCGCGGGAAUGGUCCCAGGCUGCACUUACAGCUUGGCUGAACCAGUGUGGGUGGACGCGCAUCGAGGUUCUGGCAAUCCCAUCAACUUCCAACACUGGCUGGCUCCUCCGGGCGGAUCCGGGAGAGACCCAGCCUAAGAAUGGCAACACAAAAGUUCCUAGUUGGCAGAUCACGUACGAGGACGCCAACUCGGACACCAGCUACGUCACAGUCACGCGCUUCGUGCCGGACAUGGACAAGACGCUCAAGACAUCUCCGGCAAGAUCCCGCCCCUGGCAGUGGCGGGGAGACCCGGAGACACCACCACAACCACCACCCCAGCAGCGACCGGAGCAGCAGAUCCUGCAAUGCCAAGCCAUGGAUGAUGCGCGGCAGAAGAUGGAGGUCGACUUCCAACAGAAAAAUGAUAAGAGGAAAGCCGCCCGCGAGAAAGAGGACCAGGACCUUGACGGGAUGGACGGCGAAGCAAAAAAGACAAAGAUCGCAGAACGUGCACAGGCGCGAGCUGCGGAAGACCAACAAGCACGUGAUGAAUACCAGCGGAAGCAGACUGAAAUCAAUGCAAUGUGCGUCGACAUUGAGGUCCCCAACGACGUCGCGCCUCAGCAGACCGGCGCAGCAUCUGGCUCAGUACCACCACCGGUGGCUCCGGCCGCCAAGUCCAAGCUUGACCCAGUCCAUGGACCUUGGCCUGCAUCCAUGUUCGACGAGCGGGACCCGAAGACCAACGGAUGGGACUGCGGAUACAAAGCCAUUGCCGCCUCAUACGCGGCGUUGGCCCUUGGAAAAAGCAUUGCCGACACUUUCAAAGACGCUAAGCUUGCGACUCUUGGCAAGACAUGCCGGGGACUGGUCGCGAAGGACAUCUCGAAUGGAGGGGGUCUUGCCAAGGAGUUGUGGCAGCACAUCGAAUUCCUUGCCCCCAACAUCGAAGACACGGUGCACCGCCGACAGAUCUUCACUUCCGUGGGGCACGACACCGUGGAUGGCCAGCGACAGUGGGGCCAACGCUUCGCAUGGAUCCCGCGGACGGAAGACGCUAUCAAAGAGGCGGCUGCCCACCCGCCUCUGCACAUUGGUGUCAAGGAUGGCCACUGCACGGUGCUGUUCCCGAAGGAGUCCAGCCUGCGUGAGACUCAAGCGCAGGCACGUCGCGGCCCCGGCGCUGCCUGCUACGCCGUCCCGCAGCCCGCCCCGCGCAAGCACCCGGCGGAACUCUACAAAUGGAUUUGCAAUCUCUGCGGUUGGGUCGGCGCCGAGAGGUGCAUGAUGCGCCUCUCGCGCCGUCGAGCGGACCAUCUUACCAAGAGUCACACCAUCGAGGAGCGCAAGAAAGCUACAGCCAUCAGGAAGUACCUCACUAUGCCUACGAUCUCAGAAAACAUCCCUGCUGAUCAACGGGCAUGGUCAUGCUCGCUCUGUACCAAGGGUGCUUCCUCCUUUCCCAAUACAGCGUGGAAGGCCAAAGCCCUCCGCAAGCACUGGGAAGACGAUCACAAAAACGAGUACACCUUCCAGCAGUUCACCUCCCUGAACAGGUCCAGGAAACACAAGCAGGUGCGUGCCGCCGUUGAGCACAAGAACAAACUCCACCAGUCAAUGCUGCUCCGGGCGCGCCGUCUACUCGGGAAGCAGACGCGCAGCAAAGCAGCCGUCAUCACCACAGGGAAGAGGCACCCACAGGCCGGCGGCAGCAUCCUAUACUCUUGUGCGAAGUGCCACAACAUGUGCUUCAACACCGUCUCUGAUUGGAAGGGCCAUCUGUGCAAGCCGUGGUACGGCGAUGCUAGCGGCUGGAGGCGUUCUGACAAACGUUGCGCUUGGCACGCCAGGCCUGCAGACGAGCGCAAAGACCUCAUUGCAGCGUGGCGGAGCACCGGCGUUCGCCAACCUUCUGAUCAGCAGUGGGACUCGUUCCUCACGUUCUGCGCGGGCGAGAACAACCAGAUGUCCAAGAAGAAACGCCUCCAGAACCUUACUGGGACCACAUCUUCCAAGCUAGACGUGAUACUCCUGCCGCAGGAGGCCAUCAAAAUCCGCAUCGGCACCAUCAACCUCGCCAGCUGGUGGCGCCACCGGGAUGCUGCACUGAGGGCGGCCACGGAGCUGGGCGUCGACAUUCUUGCGUGCCAGGAGUCCCGCAUCAACGAGUACCAGAUGGCCUCCCAGAUCGCCGAGUGUACCAAAUCUGGUUGGCACAUGCUCCCGGGUACUGUGUCGGACUGCCCUGGGCAGGCCAGCCGGGGGAUCCCUGCAGGGGGAGGCGCUCGCUUCCCUGGAGGCGAGGCUUCUGUCUACACCGUGCACCGCAACGACACGUUCUUCUGGCUCGUCAACCUGCACCGCCGGUGCAUUGCGGACAUGGACGCCACAGAUGACUUCAAGACAUGGUUGUUGGAACAAGCCGCAGCCAUACCAGCCUGCGACACUGUUGUUUUCGCUGGCGACUGGAAUGUUGAGGCCGACUCGCCUUUCAGCGUCGAGUUCGACACGACUCUCAACUAUCGCUUCCUGGUUCCUCCGGAGGCCACUCGAUGGACAGGGCCCCGCAUCGAGGCCAUCGACUACUUCGCUAUCCGUGCAGAUUGGGCGCCCCUCGCAUCCUCGGUGUUCUGCGCGUCACAUCACAUUUCGGAUCAUAAGCUCGCAUUGCUGGACAUGCCCAUGCUCGUGGACAAGUCCCCCAGCACAGGUGACAGGCAGCCCUACCACUGGGCCAAGCUACGCCGGCACCUGCGACCGGACACUUUCCAGAAUGAUGAAGUGAAAAUGGCGGCUUGGCUGGAUACGGCGGAGCUGUUCUGGAAUGACAAUAUGGGGAAUUAUGACAGACAUACUGGGAUGGAGGAGUAUGGCGACAUGGACUCUUGGUGGCAGGCGUGGUCAGAGGCAUCUGAGGCCUGCUUGCAGCACAUGCUCGUCCUCAACCCCCCGACCACUAUGCCGAAAGGCGACUGGAAACACAAAUGCCGAGUGCAAGAAAAACCUGAACUUGGGGGCGGCCCUGUAUCCAAGACUAGCUGUGUUGAGGACCGGCUCCGACGCUUCAUCCAGGUCGCCCGGGAGCUUGGCCUGAAGUGGCAGCGGGGCCUCGCCACUGAAGCAGGCAUGCUUGCCAGUGGCCUUGGGCUGACCGGCGCCCGCCAGCAGAAACUCGACCAGGCGCAUCAGCGUCUCCAGCACGAAUUGGAUGUCUCCCGGAGGGAGAGGAUCUCGGCAUGGAAGCGCCGCAUGAAGAUCGACCCCGGCGGCUCUGCUGUAUACAAGUGGAUCCGAGGAGCACAGUGGCGGCCAACGGACGCAGCGGUCAGAAUCAAGGAUAGGCUUUUCACUGGCGCUGGGGCUGCACAUGCCGUCCGUGAACACUACCAGCAGCAAUAUCAGGCCCGUGGGAAUGGCAACAAGAUCAACGACUUCAUGCACGAGUUCUGGGAGGAGCUCGACACUUUCAAGAGCAGGAUCGCCGCCAGGGACCAGGCGGAGAGCGCAUGGAGGGAGCCGACUGGGUUUCUGGAUCGUUUCCCACUACCUGGGGUCAAUGAGCUCAGGCGCGCCCUCAAACCCAUGGGGGGCAAGGCUUGCGGCGUUGACGGCUGGUCUGCCGAUGAGGCCCUUUUGCUGCCGGACUCGGCCCUCGAAUCUCUCAUCAAUUGUUUUGCUAAGAUCGAAGAGGGCGCCCGACCGCCGACCGACUGGUUGAAGUGGCGCCAAAUCCAUAUCCCGAAGGACAGCGGACGCGGCACCCCAGAGGUCGCCAGGCUCCGCCCCAUCAGCAUCGCCUGCGUUUGGUGGAGGGCGUGGGCCAGAUUCCGCGCCGGGCAGAUUGCGGAGCUCUUGAAACCCAUGUGGCCGGCCGGGCAGGCCGGCGGCAUCCCAGGAGUCACGAUUGAACAUAUCAUCGAGCCUCUUCUCUCGAGCAUUGACGAGACCCGUAGCAAUUGGUUAUGGCAGCAAUGCGGCACGGACGCAGAGCACCUCACUGUUCCAGGUCAUGCUGAGCUCCACGUGGCCUCGUGGGACUUCGAGUCUGCGUUUGAUCGCGUCGACACCAUGCUCACGACUGACAUAUUCGAGUAA